UCUUCUCAUUCUAGACUUCUAAAAUCGCUCAAGAGGAAGAAGAAGAUGAGCUACCUUAAACAGAAGAUUGUAUUCUUUAUUCUCUUUAUCAUGCUAGCAUUAUCAAGAUCAGAUGGAGCAUUUCCUGAGCCCCAAUGGUGCAUAGCAGAUGAGCAAACGCCAGAUAAUGUUCUGCAAGAAGCGCUGGACUGGGCUUGUGGGCCGGGAGGUGCAGACUGCAGUUUGAUCCAGCCCAACAAACCUUGCUUUCUUCCCAAUAACAUGAAGAAUCACGCUUCUUAUGCCUUCAACAGCUACUGGCAGAAAUUCAAAAAUAAGGGAGGUUCUUGCUACUUCAAUGGUGCUGCCAUGGUCACAGACCUAGAUCCAAGUCAUGGAGCAUGCCAUAUAGCCGCACUUCCUUGAUCAAAGUUAGACUAGCAUAAAUAAGAUUAAAAGGAAUGUCGAGGUUUGAAGGUUUUUUGAAUAGGAUUUUGAUGAAACUGGAGCUUCUGUUCGUCCUAGUUUCUGUCAUUAUGCUUUAA